AUGGCAAAACGACAAGCAAUUCCGGAAAACAAGGAGCUCGCCGAAUACAAGCAGAAGCUGUUCGCCGAGGCAGAACGACUCAUCAAAGAGGAAUUCCCGAGAAAAGUGAUUGAAUUCGACGCCCUGCUCAAGAGCCCACGGCUCUCGUACGACCGUCUCUCCGAGAUUCUUCCCGAUAAAUCUAUGAACAUCCCGGUGCCAGAGGUUGAGGUAAACUAUCGAAGACCUACUCAUCUGAUCGAAUAUUAUAUAUAUUUUCAAAGUCUUAUUUUCCAGAACGGAUCGACCGAACAUGAGCCAGCAACGAAGAAGAAGCGUCUCGCAAGUGGAGUUACAGAGUCGAAGGGAUCCGGCGGUCCACCAGUGUACGCAUUCAUCUCGGGGACCGUUCCGUGCAAUGACAGCCUCGCCAAACUGAUGGACGAAGUCCGCCCGAAGCUCCGUGACGCUGUCGAGCAGACGAACACCAUCAAGAUGUGGAUCACCCUUCUGAUCCCUCGCAUCGAAGACGGCAACAACUUCGGAGUCGGCAUUCAGGAGGAGACACUGGCCGAAGUGAGAAAUGUGGAGAGUGAGGCGGCGUCGUUCCUCGAUCAGAUGAGCAGAUACUUCACGACUCGCGGGAAGCUCAUAACGAAGAUCGCCAAGUAUCCGCACGUCGACGACUACAGACGCGCCAUUCUCGACAUGGACGAGAAGCAGUUCAUCAAUAUCAGGUGCGAUUGGAAAUUAUCUGCGGUUUCAUUUAUUUGUCUCCCUUCAGACUGGUGGUUCUGGAAAUGCGCAAUCACUUCUCGACUCUCCACGAUAUGAUCAUGAAGAACUACGAGAAGAUCAAGGUCCCUCGCAACUCGAACACCGAACAUCUCUAUUGA